AUGCAUUUGAAGACAUUCGUUGCCCUUCUUUUCCUCACACCGGCUUUGGCCAGUCCCGUCACCUCCGAUGAUGAUGAUAUGGCUAAGAUUCAAGCUCUCGCUGAAAGCCUCCCCGUGCCAGCCUCAUCAGCCACCACCACAUCAGUCCCUAAUUCUAUCCUCACGGUACUAGAAACCGCUAUCCCGGCUUCUUGGUACGAGGAAAUCAUGGAUGCGAGCUCCCGCUCUGCACUCAUCAGUGAGAUCGAAGCCGGCACCCUACCGGCCUGGUACAAUUCUCUACCCAGCAGCGUGAAGGCCUGGGCUUCGGCCCAAGGCGGCUUUGCCGAGAACUUUGUUGGUGCCACCACGGCAGCCCUUGAUGACACGACCACGGUUAAAGAUGCUACGCCUGCCACUGCUUCUGCUAUCAACACGGCUACUGCCACUACUACUCAGAAAAAGGCUUCCUCCAACAGUACAGCAACCUCUGGCGCUACUUCUUCCUCCGAGACAUCUACUGCUUCCGUUUCCCCUUCAACUGCUACUUCGACUGGAGGUGCGCCUGUUGCGACUGCCGGCGUCGCUAUGGGCUUUGCUGGUGUUGCGGGUCUACUUGGUCUUGCCAUCGUUCUAUAG